AUGGCGACCUCAAAGUUGUUCGAGCCCCUUCGCAUUGGCAACAUGGACUUGAAGCAUAGAAUAGUCAUGGCACCACUCACGCGAUACCGAGCAAACAAGCAACACGUCCCCCUCCCUCUCAUGAAGGAAUAUUACGGCCAGCGCGCGUCGACUCCCGGCACCCUCCUCAUCACAGAAGCCACCUUCAUUUCCCAACAGGCCGCCGGUGACGCCAAUGUCCCGGGCAUCUGGACCAAGGACCAGAUUGCUGGAUGGAAGCAAGUCACCGACGCCGUCCAUGCCAAGGGCAGUUAUAUCUACGUGCAACUCUGGGCCCUGGGUCGCGUCGCGAAGCCAGAUGUUGCCAAGGCCGAGGGUUUCACCAUUAAAGCCCCUUCCUCCAUCCCGACCGACGGCUUGCCAGCGCCCGCAGAGCUGACUGCCGAGGACAUCGAGUCCUUUAUCGCAGACUAUGCCCAAGCCGCCCGGAACGCAAUCGAGGCUGGCUUUGACGGCGUAGAACUGCACGGCGCCAAUGGAUAUCUUGUCGACCAAUUUAUCCAAGACGUUUCCAACCAGCGCACCGACGAGUACGGCGGCAGCAUCGAAAACCGAUCACGAUUCCCUCUGCGGGUCCUCGAAGCCCUAGUCGCAGCCGUUGGUUCUGACAGAGUUGGUCUGCGUCUAUCGCCGUGGUCCGAUUUCCAGGGUAUGCGCAUGGCUGACCCGGUCCCUCAAUUCACCCACCUUGUGAGCGAGGUCCGGAAACUGAAGCUCGCAUACCUGCACAUUGUCGAGGCUCGCAUUUCGGGCAACACCGACAAGGAGUCGGCUGAUACCAACGAAUUCAUCUUCAAGGCGUGGCAAAAGGCCUCUCCAGUCCUGGUUGCCGGCGGCCUAAAGCCCAACACUGCAAAGGCGCUCUUGGAAAAGGAUUACGACGAUGUCGAGGUGGCGGCCGUGUUUGGCCGGUACUUUUUGGCCAACCCUGAUCUUCCAUUUCGCAUCAAGAAGGGUCUGGAUCUCAACCAGUACAACCGCAAUACGUUUUAUGAUGCCGAGAGCCCUGUGGGAUACAUUGACUAUCCCUUCAGCAAGGAGUGGUUGUCUGCACAAGCUUGA